GAAGGAAAGCAGGGAGCUGUAGUGAGGGAACUGUAGUGAGGGAGUUGUAGUGAGGGAGUUGUAGUGAGGGAGUUGUAGUGAGGGAGUUGUAGUGAGGGAGUUGUUGUGAUGGAGUUGUAGUGAGGGAGCUGUAGUGAAGGAGUUGUAGUGAGGGAACUGUAGUGAGGUAGUUGUAGUGAGGGAACUGUAGUGAGGUAGUUGUAGUGAGGGAACUGUAGUGAGGGAGUUGUAGUGAGGGAGCUGUAGCAAGGGAGUUGUAGUGAGGGAACUGUAGUGAGGGAGUUGUAGUGAGGGAACUGUAGUGAGGGAGUUGUAGUGAGGUAGUUGUAGUGAGGGAACUGUAGUGAGGGAGGUGGAGAGAGAGAGAGAGAAGGGCUGGAGAGAGUGGGAGGGGAGAGGAAGAGGAGGGGAUGUUGCUGCUGCUGUUGCCUGUGACAAGCAGAAGAGAAGAAGGGAAUGCUGUGGGCACUGAUCAUCACUGUAUCUAAGAUGAGUCCGGCAGCUUUUAGCUCCAGCACCCUGCUGCUCACAGCUUUAUUGAUAAGCUGUGCUGAUGGCAAAAAUGAAUCCAUUUACUGGAGGGCUAAACGGCACAACCGUCAUAUUAUCAGCAGAGUAAAUCUCGCUGACAGGAGCAAAGGUGAGCUAAGUAAUGACCCUAUAAUAUUUAACACAAACAUAAUGGGUUACCCAGACAGACCAGGAUGGUUACGUUACAUUCAGAGAACACCUUACAGUGAUGGUGUUUUGUAUGGAUCACCAACAUUAGAAAGCGUGGGGAAGCCCACCGUUAUAGAGAUCACUGCAUAUAACAGGCGCACGUUUGAGACUGCGAGGCACAAUCUGAUCAUCAAUAUAAUGUCGGCAGAAGAUUUCCCGCUGCCAUAUCAGGCUGAAUUCUUUGUUAAAAAUAUGAACGUGGAAGAAAUGCUGGCUAGUGAAGUGCUUGGAGAUUUUCUUGGAGCAGUAAAAAAUGUCUGGCAACCUGAGCGUCUCAAUGCCAUCAAUUUUACAUCAGCGCUGGACCGAGGGGGGCGAGUUCCACUUCCAAUCAAUAACAUGAAAGAAGGAGUUUAUGUUAUGGUGGGAGCAGAUUCUCCUUUUUCAUCUUGUCUGAGAGAAGUGGAAAAUCCCCAAACCCAGCUGAGGUGCAGUCAGGAGAUGGAACCUUCAAUAAGCUGCGAUAAGAAAUUCCGAACCCAGUUUGAUAUAGACUGGUGCAAGAUUUUUCUGGUGGAUAAAACAAAGGUGGUGUACAUAACACAAGAAAUGGUACUCGGGGAUGGAAUAUUGCCCGAUGUGGGAGAGUACAGUCCUCCCUCUGACACCCUGAAAAUCAGAGAUUAUUACUCGGACUUCCUUAUUACAUUGGCGGUGCCCUCGGCUGUAGCUGUGGUGCUCUUUGCUAUUUUGUUCUAUAUUAUGUGCUGUCGGAGAGAAGGAAUGGAAAAGAGAAACAUGCAAACACCAGACAUCCAGCUAGUGCAUCACAGUGCCAUUCAGAAAUCUACCAAGGAGCUGCGGGACAUGUCCAAGAAUAGGGAAAUUGCUUGGCCUCUGUCUACCCUGCCAGUGUUCCACCCUGUAACUGGAGAGAUGGUGCCAACCAUGCAAACAGACACAUAUGAUAACACCAACAUGCCUCUCAUGCAAACCCAACAGUCAUUGGCACAUCAGACACAGACACCACAGCAGCAAAAUGCAGGAGAUUUGAGGCAAAUGGUAUCCCUGAGGAGCGGAAGCUGACAGAAGCAAUGGAUUUAUAGGAAGAAGGAACCAUAUUAUGGGGGGGGGGCAGUCCUGCAGGAACACAGCAGUGCACACGGCUCAGCGGCUUCUCCUUCCCAUCGCAGGAUUUUAUAUGCGCUUUCUGGAUCUGUUACACUAUGAACUCUUUUGUAUAAAGAUUUUUUUUGCAGGGAAAAGUUCACAUACAAUCAAUAAAUGGCAAAUGGUGUGUCAUUCCUCUUGGCUCAGGUGGUUCAUGUGGAGCUAGAGUUGCCACCUUUUUUAGAAAAAUUUACUGGCUGGUGGGGGGCGGGGACACAAUGGGGCGGGGCGUGACAUUGAAAUGGGCGGGGCAGCAACACAGACACUGAAAGAAGCACAAGUAAAGUUAAGUUCCAGGGGAUUGGGGGCAGGCCGAGGGCUCUUUUUAUUCGUAUUACAAAUUUACCGGCAGCUACAUUGCCAGUAAAUUUGUAAUACCGGCCCCGGCAGGUAUUUUACCGGCUAGGCCGGUAAAAUACCGGCCGGGUGGCGACCCUAUGUGGAGCGGUUCUGAUGAGCCACCAGAACUCCACCUUGUCCUAACAGCAUUUAUUGUGAGAAA